UUUUUUUUUUUUUUUUUGGUUCAAUAAUUGUAAGGAGUCACCAAUCAAAGCUUCAUAAUUUAAGUUCUACUUAAAUGUUAUUGAAAGCAGCAAAGCCGGCCAUGAAUGAGCUCCACUGGUGAGAGUUUUCUGCCAGGCCUGUAAUUUGCUUAUAUUAUACACCCAUUAACCUCAUCUCUCUCUCUCUCUCAAGAGAAACCAUUGAAAACAUGGGAAGAAGCAGCCAGUUCCUGUCACUGCUCCUCGCCUUCCUUGUCUCUUUCUCUUCUCUUCCCAUUCCUUCAGUACUCUCUUCUUCCACAGACUCCUUCGUCUUUGGAGGCUGCACUCAGGAGAAAUAUGCACAAAACUCACCCUACGAGUCAAACGUCAACUCGCUCCUCACCUCCCUAGUCAACUCAGCUACCUACUCGUCCUACAACAAUUUCACCAUCAUGGGCUCCACCCCACAAGACGUGGUUUACGGACUCUACCAAUGCCGCGGCGACCUCUCCAUGCCGGACUGCGCCACGUGCGUCGCUCGCUCGGUGAGUCAAAUCGGCGUGUUGUGCUCUCAAACAUGUGGCGGAGCGGUGCAACUUGAGGGCUGCUACGUCAAGUACGACAACGCCACCUUUCUCGGGGUGGAGGACAAGACUGUGGUGUUGAAGAAAUGUGGAUCGUCCGUCGGGUACGAUACGGAUUCCAUCAGCCGUCGAGAUGCGGUGAUGGCCUCGUUGGCCGGCGCGGGUGGGCCAUACAGAGUGGGUGGUUCGGGGCAGAUUCAAGGUGUGGCUCAAUGCGUCGGAGAUUUGAGUUUGGGAGAGUGUCAAGAUUGUGUUUCCUACGCGAUCGAACGGUUGAAAAGCGAUUGCGGCGGGGCCGUCUACGGUGAUAUGUUCUUGGCCAAGUGUUAUGCAAGAUAUCAAACCGGUGGUGCUGAUCAUGAUGAUCACUCCUCUAAUGGCCAUCAAUAUCAUGAGAAAUCUAGUAGUGAAGGUGAGAAGACAUUCGCAAUAAUCAUUGGAUUAUUAGCUGGAGUGGCUCUGCUCAUUAUUUUCCUAACAUUCAUGAGAAAGGUGUUGGGGGAACCUGGUAAAUGAAUUAUUAUACGUUUGUCAAAAGUUACUGCCACAGCUUUCAAGUACUCUCAAAGCUUCUCAAGUGAUGGUCAAUCGAUUUGCUUUUGGUGGCCUUUUCCUUCUCUCUUUUGUUUUUGCUCAAUGAUGUCUACUUUUCCUUUUUCUUGAACUUAAUUUAUAUUUUCUUUCCAAGAAGAGGAAGGAUGGGGAAAGAUGUGUGAGAUGGGGUCACUUACCCAAAAAAAAACAAAGUUA